CUGCGCCUAUAAAACACAACCUGACCGCGCAGGAAGCCAGCAGUGAGGUUCCGGAGGGAAAGCCGAAACAAGAUUGGGAAUAUGAGACUGUAACCAGGUCUAUUCACUGAGCAAAAUGGGCUGCUUGCCCCUGCCUUGACUUGAGGUGUCCUGGCCCGGCACAGCCAGUGCCUGCCCUUGUUGCUCUUGGCUCUGGAGCAGCUCCGGAGCCUCCGACCCCCAGGUAGGUGUGUGAGCGCCCACCGGGUGAUUCUGCAGGAUGGCGAUUGGCGUCUUCAUCCUGAGGCUGGUCGUUUGCAGCUUGGCACUGCCCAUGUAUCUGCUGAACUUCCUGGGCGUGUGGAACUGGUUCUGCAAAAUAUGGUUCCCCUACUUCUUGAGGAGCUUCACGGUGACGUACAAUAAACAGAUGGGGAACAAGAAACGAGAGCUCUUCAGCAACCUGCACGAGUUUGCGGGCCCCUCGGGGAAGCUGUCCCUGUUGGAGGUGGGCUGCGGCACCGGGGCCAACUUCAAGUUCUACCCGUCUGGGUGCAGGGUGACCUGUGUAGAUCCCAACCCCAACUUUGAGAAGUUCCUGAUCAACAGUGUUGCUGAGAACCGACAUCUGCAGUUUGAGCACUUCGUGGUGGCUGCUGGGGAGAACAUGCCGCAGGUGCCUGACGGCUCCGUGGACGUGGUGGUCUGCACCCUGGUGCUGUGCUCGGUGAAGAACCAGGAGCAGAUCCUGCGCGAGGUGUGCAGGGUGCUGCGGCCGGGAGGGGCGUUUUACUUCAUGGAACACGUGGCAGCAGAGCGCUCCACUUGGACUCACUUCUGGCAGCAGGUCCUGGAUCCUGUCUGGUUCCUCCUGUUUGAUGGCUGCAACCUCUCCAGGGAGAGCUGGAAGGCCCUGGAGCGGGCCAGCUUCUCCAAGCUGAAGCUGCAACGCAUCCAGGCCCCGCUGUCCUUGAAGCUGGUGCGGCCUCACAUCUAUGGCUAUGCAAUCAAGUAGGGCGGGCAGCUUGACCCACGGAAGGCUUGCGUCUUAUGUUGAAAAGUAUUAGCCGGGAGAAGGGAAAAACCUUCCUGUUAGGUAAAGCUGAUUGUCAACCUUAAGAGUUCCUGUUAUUUCCAAUUUAGAAUCAAAGGCAAGAUCAAUCACUCAGCUUUGAACUCAUCUUUCAAAGGGAUCAGAGGGCGUUCACAACUGAAUUCCAGGCUCACCCCCAAACCUUACCUUAUUCCGUAACUUGAAGGUUUUCUCUGAUUGUGUUCAAUUGUUUCCCAAGCAAUGUUAAUCUGGCCCCUCUUUGAGUGCCUGGUGGCCUGGUGCUAAGGCACAGCGAGUCACUCACAGAGCACUUGGAAAGCGAGCAGUGAAUGGAUCCUAGCAACUCACAGACAGAAGAAGAAAUACUGAGCGAACAUCCAAGUCUAGGUAGCACAGAUUUUUUGAGUAAGAAAUCUGAACCUGUUACUGCUAGUGUCACUGGUCAAGCUGCUAUACC